CGGGGGCGGGGACGGGGCGCGUAGAUUCCCGGAAAGCCGCGGCCACAGUUUCGUUUCUGGAGCCUCGGGGCAGCGGCAGCCGGGGCGAUGGCGGCGCUGGCCCGGUCGCCGUCGGAGCCGAGCCUGGUGGCCCUGGAGGAGGAACUGACCUGCUCCAUCUGCCUCUGCCUCUUCAGCAGCCCCGUGACGGUUCCCUGCGGGCACAACUUCUGCGCCUCCUGCCUGGAGCUCUGCUGGGCCGGGCUGUCGGCGAACUUCAGCUGCCCGCAGUGCCGGGCCACCUUCGCGGGCCGCCCGAAGCUGCAGAAGAACACGGUGCUCUGCCGGGUGGUGGAGCAGCUCCAGGGCCGCGCCGGGCUUGGGGCCCAGGAGGAAGAGGAGGAGGAGGAGGAAGCGGCGGGGCGCGGGGCGCAGGCACCCCCCGUCUGCUGCGACAGCUGCCUGCAGGCGCCGGCCGUGCAGACCUGCCUGACCUGCACCGCCUCCUUCUGCGCCGAGCACCUGCGGCCGCACCGGGACAGCCCUGCCUUCCGCGACCACCAGCUCUGCCCGCCCCUGCGCGACCUGCAGCAGCGCAAGUGUCCGCAGCACAACAAGCUCUUCGAGUUCUUCUGCGGCCAGCACGGCACCUGCAUCUGCUCCCUCUGCCUCCUCGGGCACAAGCUGUGUCCCACCAGCCCGCUGCAGGUGGCCAAAGCCAACGCCCAGUUGGUGCUGAAGAAGAGACUCGUGGAGCUGCAUAAUCAGAGUGAAAGAGCUACUCAGGCGAUGAACACUGUGAAAACAAAUCAAAGCCAAGCUGCUGAGACAGCUUCCGAAAAGAAAGAUUUGAUCAAAAAUGAGUUUUUAGAAAUUAAAGUUUUAAUUGAAGAAAGAGAAACUCAAACCUUGAAAGCAAUUGCAGAUGAAGAAAAAAGAGUUAGCAAUAAGUUUGAUUAUAUUUAUGGUGUUCUGGGAAGUAAGAAGAAGGAAAUUCAGUCUCUCAGAGAUCAGAUUGAGAUGGCACUGACUGAAGGCGAUGACAUUCUGUUUUUGAAGAGAGCAGCAGCACUGCAACAAACACCAACAAAAGAUGCUUUUGUUCCUUUAAUUGAAAUGGACCAAAACUUGCUACAUUCCACCUACCAGUCUGCUGUUAACCUUAAAGACGUUGUGAAACUUUCAGUAAUUCAGUGUAGAGAGAAAAGAGUGGAAGCAAAACUAACACCUGGGAAAACUAAGACCCCUCCAGCGGCUUCUUCAAACAGAACCUUUGUUGGAAAAAAGCCUCCGGGACCACAGCAUACCCACAAAGAGAAAAUCCUUCACCAGGCUCAAGCAACUUUGCAGGUGGAGGCAGAUACCAAGGAGAAAAAGAAACCUGUUAAAGUUGCACCAACCAUGGGAACACUAAAUGCUGCAGCUGUCGUUUCAACUAAAGAGCUUAUUGACAGCUUUCUGAAGAAAUCCAGAGAGGAGCUUUUGCAGUAUGCUGCUAACAUCACGCUGGAUUACAACACAGCUCAUAACAAAGUGAUUCUGUCUGAGAGAUACACCAGGAUGUCUGUCUCAGACAUCCCCCAGAAUUAUAACCAUCACCCUCAGCGCUUCAUCGAUUGUUUCCAAGUGCUGGGGUUCCAGUGCUUCAAAAGAGGCAUCCACUACUGGGAAGUAGAACUGCAGCAGAACAACUUCUGUGGCAUUGGCAUCUGCUACGGCAGCAUGGACCGGCAGGGGCCAGAGAGCCGCCUGGGGAGGAACAGCAGUUCUUGGUGUAUUGAGUGGUUUAAUUCCAAAAUAUCGUCUUGGCAUAAUGAUGUUGAAAAGUGCUUACCCAAUGUGAAGGCUACCAAGAUUGGUGUGCUGCUCCACUGCGAGGGAGGGUUUGUGAUUUUCAUGGCUGUUGGGGAGAAGCAUAACUUGAUCUAUAAGUUCAAAACCCAGUUUACUGAAGCCUUGUACCCUGCCUUCUGGUUAUUUUCUAGUGGCACUGUUCUCUCUCUCUGCCAAAUGAAACAGUAAGGUCUUGUAUCUUAACUUAGUUCGCCUAAGUACUUGCAUGCAGAUAAUCAGUCCUGCAGCGACUCUUUGUAUGUCUUAGUUUAAGAAGUCUCGAAGAUUGUUUGAGAUGAAAAUUAUUAACUCUUUUAAGCUGUUUGGGAAAUCUGCUGAUUCUUUGGUCUGAAUUGCUAAAGCCUUGAGAUAGUGAUUUAGUAAAACGUUGAUGAUGGUAAAAACUACAAUGAAAAGUUUUGCGGAGACCUUGAUUGUCCUUCUAAAAGCAAAGUUAUGAUACGAACCAUUGUUAAAUGUCUUCAGUAGCUGCUGUGGCUUCUGUGGUUUGCUGUAAAGGAUGCCCAGAAUUAAUUUUCAGGUCUAAAUGUGUUUCACAGGUAGCAAUAACCCCUUUGAGAGUGAAACAGGAAGAAUUCUGUGACAAAUUCAGGUUCCAGGCUUUGAGGUAGGUCUCAGUGUUGCCUUUUUCUCUAUACACAGACUGUUAUCCAGUCAGGAUUUGUGAUACACAUGUUCUCAGUGUAUGACUCCAUGAGAUGGUACAGAAUGAACUAUUAAAAUCAGUAAGUUCAGGUCUUAUGACGCUAAGUUAUAAAAGCCAAUAUGACAAAUCUCAUCAGAAUGGAAAUGCAGAGACUUUGAGAGUUGAUGGAUAAGAAAUGGUGUCAGAAUCACCAGGAAAUAAAUUACAUUGACUCAGAGACUGGGAAUACGUCAGAGAGUCUUCAGGAAGACAUCCUGCAGAGCAGUAGUGUGCACCCUGUAAUAAUAUAGUUUGUGGGAUGAAGCAUUCUGUCUCAUGUUCUGACCCAGAACAUGCUUCACAUCUUCACACUGAAGGCUCUUCAGUGGUUUUUUAUGUGCUGAGGAGUUCAGGGAGUGCAUUUUUGGCUUGCAUAGGGAGCAUAAAUGUGCUGUUCACUUAAAGCAGGGUCUCCUGUCAUAAAGCUUUUCCUCUUUGUGAGGCAGGAUAUUCUCUGCUGGUGUAUCUUUAGUUGUUCAGGUGGUAGAAACUGGAUUUCCUACAUGUUAUUGGGACUCUGAUUUGAGGAGUCUCAAGACACUGUGCACAGUACCUAGAAAAUGCUGCUUCCUCUGCGUGAAGGCUGUGGGCAGACAGGUGAGUCUUUUGAAACAUGCAGGGAAUUAGCUCAAAGGAGAAUAUACAUCCAUUCCCACUGGGAUGGCUUUUUAAUUCUCUUGGUCUUCUUUGCUUUGGGUUGUGGUAUGUUUUUGGAAGUCCUCGCCACAUACAGAGGAAUCUGUACUUCUGCAUUUCUUACAACUUUAAAACAAACAGUAGGCAAUCAAGGUAUUUGGAUCUCAUAGUUAUUGGGCCUGUAUCUUGUUGAUGCCUCUGGACUUGCUACGCUAGCUCUUGCUUCUUGUGGUAGCCCAUGAAGAACAGGGAAGCUCACACAAGAGACUUCCUGGACUUGGAUUUGUAAAACUCCCCCUUAUGGGAGUUGGUGAAAUAAAACACAAAGCUACGGCUGGCAGCUUGGAAGGGAAUUGCUAGAAGGCUCAAAAGAACCUCUGUGACUACAUUUCACGUUAGCCAAAGUGCUUUAGAGAAAGACUUGCAGGAAUUCUGGCUUGGUGUCUCUAUUUUUACUUGGUUUGUAAACUCUUAGUACUUUGUCAAGGAUAGCAUAUGUCUGGUAAGAUGCUUCCAUUUCUUUGGCCAGAAUAGCAUAUGGAAUCAAUGGUGGACCUAAAAGUGCCAUGGCUGUCUUUGGUGUAGUUGUACUAUCUCAAGGGUGCCACCUUUCCAAAGCACAGUCAGCACUAAAACUACCAAACUAAGCAGAACACUUCAAAAGGUGCAGAAGGGGGCUGUGUCCUGCUAGGAGCCAUCAAUGAAUGCAAAACUUUUUUUCUGCACUUCCAGUUUUUCAGCAGUGAGGGACAAGAGCAAUUUCCUCUGAGAAAUCCUGUCCCUUUAGCUGCUUGGCUGUGCCACAGGGCUGCAGAUCCACUCAGCAGGGUGCUGAAGGGGUACUCUGUCCCCUUGUUCAUGGGGAAAAAAGUGCUCUGGUGGUUUGUGCAGUGGAGAAAGUCCAUGUUUUCUAUUGCUUACUUCUUGACUUUAAAAGGGUGUUAAUAUUAACCUCCAAGUCUAUGGGCUUCUUUAGCCAUCGUCUGGAGUGAUACUCAAGCAAAGUAAAGAAGAGCUCUUAUUGCACCAUGUUGGACAAGGCUGGAUUCUUUAAAUGUGACAUUGGUGUAUGACCAACAGUAUAUAACACAUUAGGUGUUCUGGAUUACCACAGGCAGUGAAACAAGCCUGCCGCUGUAUUCCUGAUUCUCUUUUUUGGUUGUUUUCUUUUGUGCUAUGAAUGACUAGAAAUGAUAGAAUGAGUUUCUGUUGAUUUGGAAUGAAGUGAGAAAUGUGCAACUGAAUUGCUGCACUUCUGAAAACUUACUUUGGUUAGCUUCAGAUAUUUUGGAUAUAUCGAAACAUUGGGGUGAUACUAGUUACAGCAUGAUAAAAGAUGGUUCAAAAGCCUCUUCAACACAACUGAAGUGUUUUUACUCAGCCAGUAACUAUCAGAGCUGUACUGGUUUUAAACAAAAUGUAGAUACAAGCAUGUGGUUUAAUUACACUUCUCUUUUUAAUACUAUAAAGAACCCAACUUAUCCAGUCUAGAAAAAAGACUAAUUCUGGUGUUAAUAAAGUCAUGAGGAUGUGGAAUGAUUAGCAUAUUAAUAAUGUACAAGUGCCUACUGAAAAUACAUUAAUCAGUUUAAUCCUUUCUUCAGUUAAACACAUGAGUAAAUACUGUAAUUAGAAAAAGAAAUGCUUAUGUAAUUAUAAACCUGUUGAUUGUACUGAUAUAUCAGCCAUGUACUUCAAUAUGUAUACUAUAUGUUAUUUCAUAUAGAUGUGUCAGCUAGACAUCCUUGUCAGGGCAAUAGACAUAGAUUUUAUGCCAUCUGUUUUAUGACUGUGCCUGUAACUGUUUUGGAAGUUGACUGUCAUUGAUCUUUUCAGCUGUAAGGUGAAUUAAUUGUGGUAUUUUGAAUUCAAUAAAUAUUCAUGGUAAACCCUAA